CGAAUUGAAGUCUCUAUUCCGAAAUUUGCUUCGUUAUUGUUUGAUUAAAGUAAAGUUAAGUCAAGCUCGUUUUAAAGUAUCAAAUAAUCAUGUCAACUGUUCUUGCACCAGAAAUUCCUCUUCCAGGAUUUUCUUUCGAUCUCUGCGAACGAAACAAGUUUUUACUGAAGAAAGGAUUUAAGGCUCCGACUGCUGUCAAGACAGGUACCACUAUUGCAGGAGUAGUUUUUAAGGAUGGCGUGGUUCUUGGAGGUGAUACACGUGCCACCGAAGAUUCUAUUGUAGCAGAUAAAAAUUCAAGAAAAAUUCACUUUCUUGCUCAGAACAUGUACUGUUGCGGAGCAGGAACAGCGGCUGAUAAUGAGAUGACUUGUCAAAUAGUUGCUAGUCAAUUAGAAUUACAUCGUCUAAACACAGGCCGUAUUGUACCUGUUUGUACUGCUAAUUCAAUGUUCAAGCAUUUUUUAUUUCGUCACCAAGGCCAUAUUGGUGUAGCUUUGGUGUUAGGUGGUGUUGAUUUAGACGGUCCACAUUUAUACGCUAUUUUUCCUCAUGGAUCUACUGAAAAAUAUAUGUUCACCAGUAUGGGUUCAGGAUCAUUAGCUGCGAUGGGAGUACUUGAAAGUAGAUGGAAGCCUGAUUUGACAGAGGAUGAAGCGAAGCAGUUGGUAGCGGAUGCUAUUCGUGCGGGUGUUUUUAAUGAUUUAGCAUCUGGAUCAAAUGUAGAUUUGUGUGUUAUACGUAAAGGAUCUGUCGAUUAUUUGCGACCUUACGAUGUUGCCAAUGUAAAAGGAGAACGCCAAGCGUCUUAUAGAUAUAAAAAGGGAACUACUGCGGUUCUUGAUAAAACCAUACGUCCUAUAAUCGUAGAAGAAAAGGUAGUUCGUGUGGUGGAAGCUGAACCGAUGGAUACUUCUUCUUGAAGAUAGAGCCUGUUCUUAAUUUAAUAUUAAGUUGAUAAAAUUUGUGAAUUUUCAUUAAUAAAAUCUUACACAUAUAAUAUAUGUAUAGAGAGGUGAGGAAUUUUGUAGGCUUCUUAAUUUUAUUUUAAGAAAACAUUUUUGAAAAUACAUAUUUAAAAUCUAAAUAGUAAAUUAAAAUCAACAGAUUUAUUUUUAAAUAAAUUUGUAAUAAAAUAUGCACGCGGGAAAUUCAAAUUUUCGCAGUUAGAAGAGUCCUGCUGAUUGUUUCAACCUUUGCCUCUUCCAAGCUGGAAGUUUCUCAAAUUCGGCAGGUUCCAUUUUAAAUAUUGAAAUAAAAUUAUCAAAGGUAA